CGGUUACGUUCGCCAUUUGGGUCGUGACUACGGAGUCGUGACCGUGAUUAAGGUUAAGGGCCUGCGAUCGUGCGCCCGCGACGAAAGGGGAGGCCGACUGCUUCCCUUGAAGAACGAGCGUCCUGCUCAUCGCUGUUUGCGUCACCCCCCUGUGCAGCAACUGCAUCGACUGCCGACUCGUCACAUCGAGACACAUUUUCUACUUUGGCACUGACGAAACAUGGCUUAUUGAAGAAGAUGAAGGGUGCGCGAAAAGAUAUCGUUUCUCCGAGGAGAGGAGACGGAGGAGACCGCAGCUGCGACGAGGCGAGUCACCAGAUUGAAUAUAGUCGAUCCGCAAAUGGAUAUAAGGUCAAAAUUCAAGCUGUCCCCUGCGAAGGGGACUGCUGCUGAUGCGAGAAGGAACAAAGAUGUCAAUAAAGAGCUCCAUCUGGGAUCUUUGCGCAGAAGAGAACUCCCUAGCGCCAACAACUUCCCUAACAAUGUACAACCAACAAAGUACAAUGUACAGAAAACAAAAGAUCUUGUUAAGAGACAGAGACCUAAAGGACAGUAUCAUGGCAGUGCAAAGGAGAAUUCCAAGGUAGUGGAGGAGACGGUCUCUGAGUUUGGCUCAGUAUUGGUCCCAACAGGCAGAAAGAAUGGCAAUCACUUGCUGAAUUUUCACUAUGAGCGGGGAUAUGCAAAGGGAGAUGCACAAAACAGGGAUACAGGGAGACACGGUUCCAACAGUAACAGAUUACUGCCACCAGUGCAGCGGCAUAAAUAUAAAAAGGAACAAUUUGUACAAGCUAGCUGUCAAUUUGUCGUGACUGCAAGCAAAGAUUAUUCCUUGCAUUUGACUAACCCUGAUAUUCUUGUGGAUUGGGAAUCGAUUGAACAAAUUAUUUUACACAAUUCAGAAAAUCUCUCUUGUCCUAUUUGUUUACAUCCACCAGUUGCAGGCAAAAUGACUUGUUGUGGUCAUGUUUAUUGCUGGCCUUGUAUUCUUCGUUAUUUACGUUAUUGUCAAGAAGCAAAAUCGAGCAAAUGUCCAAUUUGCGAUGAAUAUCUUCACAAGAAUGAUUUGAAAAGCGUGGUCGAAAUUACACGAAGCACAUUCAAUCUGGGCGAAACUAUCACUCUAUGUUUGAUGCGUCGUGAAAAGAAUUCCUUGUUCGCAACACCUGUAAAAUCUGCUAUUCAACCCCCAACAACGUUUUUGUCUGUUUCAGAGAAUGCCAAUAAUCAAAUAUAUUCAAAACUUCUGAUCGCAAAUGUUCAAGAUAUUGUGGACAUCAUAGAGAGUGAGUAUUCAAAAUUAGAACUUGAGCUUAAAGAUAAUCCAGAAAUGGCCUCUGACAUUGAGAAAGCGCUCGGUGAACUAUCAAAGAGGAAAAAAAAUCUAUUGUGUCAGACCGCAGAAUCUAAGGAUGCUUUAUUGACCGAAAAUAUAACGGAAAAAGAAAUUACUGAGGAAACAUCGCAAAAAUGUGAAAUAGAUGUUGAUGUAUGUUACAAAGAUGAUAAGUCUUUAGCGAAACAGUCUUCAACAGACAGUGUUUCCAGUGAUAGCCAGAUUACUUCAAGUUCUUCUAAAUUUUCUUACUUUUAUCAAGCGGAGGACGGGCAACAUAUAUAUUUACAUGCAGCGAAUGUGAAAAUGCUGGAAAUGCAGUACGGCAGUUUGGAGCACUGUCCUCCUGUAAUAACGGGUAAGCUUCUUGAAAAAGAAGCGAGUAUCUACACGGAAGAGUUAAGACGAAGAUUACGGUAUCUAUGCCAUUUACCACUUACUUGUCCGUUUGAAUUGGCCGAGAUCGAAUUAAAACCACCACUGGUAUCCAAGGAAGUUCUUCAUGCUUUUCAUGACCAACUAAAAUCAAGGCAGAAGUACAGAGAACAGAGAGAGCGCGAGGAAAGAAAAAGAGAGAAAAAGAUAAAGGAAGAAGAAAAUAGACAAAUUGGGAUAUAUCCAACACCCAAUAUUGAUAUCGAAUCUUAUCAACACUUUCCUCAAUUGCAGUCAGAACUACAAUUAUCCAACGAGAACGUACUGUCACCUCCAGAAUCGGGUAUGUCAAGUAUCGCUAGUAGCCCAGCUUUGAGUGCGUCCGACGAAAUUGUUCCGAAACAAGAAAUAGAUUUUGAACAUUCGCGUGAACACACCCGGGCACAUCCUUCCUUCGCUGAUAUAACAGCAAAAGCACGGACAAAGAUGCCUAAUAAACCUGCCGACGCAUGGCCAACCGUAAAAUCCAAGCACUCCAGUGCGACAAAUGCAUGGUCCAACAAGGAUGAGGAAGUGCUGUCGACUAAAACAUCUAAAUCUACUAAUGCUUGGCCGCCUGUUCAAUCAAGUAUGCCCUCUGAUACACCAGGAACCUCAUUUAACGAAGAUGAGAAAAAACCGUACGUUUCUGAAGAAACGAAAGAUGAAAGUAAUGCGUUUGGCAAAAAGAAGAAGAAAAAGAAAGUGAAAGGAACUGUACUGUUUACAACUGGUAUGACAUCAGGUUAUUCUAUAUAAAUUACUAUAUGUAUUAUCGCAUAUUUUUACGCUAUUAUUUGCGUGCGCUAUGCGCAAUAGUAAUUGGUAGAAUUUUAUUCGAUCAAUCGUAGAAAAUUUGAUUUCAUUUACAGCUCUUGCCACUAUUGUUUGAAGUUUUAAAAAUACAUACGGCAUAUGUAUUACAUGACCUCGUUUCUCUACUGAAAUUUGUAAUCAUUUGCCAUAGAAAAAAAAUUUAUUUGCCAAGGGUCUCUCAUGCUCACAAAUAAAUUUACUUCAUUCAUACAA